UUCACCCUUUUCCAAAAAGAUUAAUUAUUCAGAAAAAAUAUCGUUAAAAAGCAAAAUGAAGAACCAGAAUUCGCUAAAAACCAGAGAGAGCUACCGAAAAUGGCACCUCAACCAAUAAUUCCUUCACUUUUUCAUCCCCUUUCCUUCAAUCCUCUCCCUAAUCUCUCUCAUCAAUCCCUCAAUCUCUCUCUCCAUUAAUCUCCUAGUCCUUUCGCGCCAUUUUUUUUGGCAGCAAUGGGGAGCGGCAAGCAGCGCUGGAAGAUUUCCUUCCACAAAUCCCCCUCGCCGCUCAAGCAGGUCCAAAUUCCGGCCGAGUUCCUCUGCCCUCUCUCCGGAAAUCUCAUGGCGGAUCCCGUAAUCGUCGCCUCCGGCCACACAUUCGAGCGCAGCUGCGUCCACGCCUGCGUCUCCUUCUCCUUCCACCCCACUCUCACCGGCGCCGCCGCCGAUUUCUCCGCCAUCAUCCCCAAUCUCGCCCUCAGAUCCACCAUCGUCAACUGGUGCCUCCUCCACCGCCUCGACCCCCCGAAACCCCUCUCCUUUCACUCCGCCGAGAAAAUCAUCCGUCAAUUAAUGCCUCCGCCGCCGCCGGUCGAGUUUAAUCGGACGCCGAGCGCCGGCAGCUCGGAGGAGUCCGUGACGCCGCGAUCGGCGCCGUCGCGGACUCCUCCUCCGCUCCUUCUAACCACUAGGCCGUCGUGCUACUCUUCCUCCUCCUCGUGCGACAUCGAAAUCACAUCGAGUUCGAUUUCGCUGGAAGAGGAGGAAUCGUAUAGUAGGAAGAUGAAAAGCUCUGAAAUCCAUGAGCAGGAGGAGGCGCUGAUUUCUCUCCGGAAACUCACGCGAACCAGAGAAGAAUCACGCGCCUGCUUCUGCACGCCUCGGAUUUUAUCCUCUCUCAAAUCGUUGAUCACCUCCAGAUACUCAAAUCUGCAGGUGAACGCCGCCGCAGUGUUGGUGAAUCUCUCCUUAGAAAACCAAAACAAGGUCAAAAUCGUGCGAUCGGGAAUCGUUCCGCCGCUGAUCGACCUCCUCAGAGGCGGAUGCGUCGAGGCGCAGGACCACGCCGCCGGCGCGAUUUUCAGCUUAUCUCUCGACGAUCAGAACAAGACGGCGAUCGGAGUCCUCGGCGCGCUUCCGCCGCUUCUCCACGCGCUCCGAUCCGACUCGGAACGGACUCGGCACGACUCGGCCUUGGCACUCUACCAUCUCCUUUUGGUGCAGAGCAACCGCGUGAAGAUGAUCAAGCUCGGCGCGGUGCAGAUACUUCUAGGGAUGGUGAAAUCGGGUCACAUGUCGGGUCGGGUGAUGCUGGUGCUGUGCAAUCUGGCGGCGAGCGCGGAGGGGAGGGCGGCGAUGCUGGACGGCGGCGCGGUGGAGUGCUUCGUGAGGCUGCUGAGGAGUGGGGAGUUGGAGUCGGAGGAGAGCUGCGUGGCGGCGCUGUACGGGCUGAGCUACGGCGGGCUGAGGUUCAAGGGGCUGGCGAAGGAGUGCGGGGCGGAGGAGGUGGUGGAGGGGGUGGAGAAGAGGGGGGUGGCGAGGGAGAAAUGCAGGAGGAUUUUGGAGGUGUUGAGGGAGAAACACGAGGAGGAUGAGGAUGUGAAUUGGGAGGAAUUGCUGGGUUUCAACCAGGAUGAUCUCACCAAAUACACUCUUACUGGUUCGUCUUCUUCUUGAUUAUCAAUUUUUUUCCAAUUGUUAAUUAUAGUGUGUUGUUACUACAUUGGGCUUCAUUCGAGAAAUAUAUGUGGAUAACGAAUUUUGGUGGGUGUGGGAUUCAAGUUUGGCUUCUUUUAUUUUGGUGUGAUUGUUUAAUUAGGUCUUUACAAAUGAAUACUUUGGCUUUGAUUGA